UCUAUCAGUUUCACAGUACCGGCCGACAAAAUCGCCAAAGAUAAAUAAAUUCAAUCGCAAUAACGAAACACCAGUUUCAUCUGUCAAAAAAUAUCGUUUUUAUCUUCGAAUAAGAGUAAGAUAAAAACUUUUCAUUUAUCAUUCAGAACAUUUAGCACAAGACGGUUUUGUAUCAAAUAGUUAAGAAUGAAUGUAGUAAACUUAUUUCUCGUCGUGGUGCUAGUGAAUACCAGUGGAGGGCAGGUUCUACAGUUCGGGCAAUGCCCUGAAGUGGAAACGAUGGAGUAUUUCGAUUUGGUCCGAUUUUUAGGCAGAUGGUUCGAGAUUGAAAGAUUCCCCGCUUGGUUCGAGGAUAAAGGGCACUGCGCUUACAAACGUUUUCAAUACUGCAACAGGAAAGUGGAGAUCGAACAAGUUUUUAUACGAGACGGGAUCCGAUUCAUUAUCCACCGGAACAGCUCUUACAACCCUGGCGACGAAGCUAUAUUUGAUAUCCAGCCUAGCAAUAUCGAUCCCGUUGGAAUUCCACUCUCAGUUAUAUCAACAGAUUACAAUAACUACGCGAUAUUGUUCGGCUGCAAAUUCAAUGUUCAAAUGGACAUGAAAUACAUUCUAGCUUGGAUCUUAUCACGAGAGCAGUCUCUACCUCCCGAAGUGCUGAAUGAAACACGAAGGAAACUGAACUCUAUACCGUUUGCCAACGCCGCGUAUUUGAUGCCAGUGAACCACACCGAAUAUAACUGCAACUAUCAUUGGACAGCUCACAUACAGUCAGUUUAUAAAACCGUCGAUGAAAAUUAAAUAAUCUUUUAAAAAAAUUGAUUUUAAUUUCACGGAUGCGGGCAAUCCAAAUUGGAUUCGACGAUUGACCUAUUUCUUGGAGUUGGACUUACGUAGUCCGAUCCAGAUAAACAACUUCUAGGCUAGAGCUUCCGAUCUGUGUGCUUUGUGUGAGUUUUUUAACGUUCUCGAUAGCGUAAAAGUUAACCCAAUUUUGUAUGCAGUUGGAACAGCGCCCCUAGCGGCAAAUGUAGGCAAACGAUUCCAUUUCAUACAAAUAUGAGCCCCUAACCACACUGGACUGGAGUGGACACUACAUGGGUAUUCAACAUUUAAGUUCAAAAAUAAACUUUAUCUAAUAACAAUUAAACAUCAAUUUGAAUUGUAUUAAAUUGUGUAACUCCAUCUAGUGUCUAGUUUAAUAAGGUUUCUACUAAUCUUCUAUUACUACUAUAUACUUAUUGAGUUAGUGUACUAACAUUUCUUAUAAUCCCUGAAUAAUUAACAUAGUAAUAAAAUAUUCGGUUUAGAGUAAAUAAUUUAAUAAAUAACCACAUAAUAAGAAUAUAUUAAUUUUAUUAUAAAACAUUAAAUUAAGUUUUUAGCGUUGUAAAAGCACAUAGUAUCUUAAUUCAAUAAUUUACAGUGAAGCGGCAAUAUACAUACCUGAUAAUAGAUGGCAGCACAUAUAUUUCUAAGUAAGAUUAAUCUGUUAGUAAUAAAUUAAUUUUAUCUAAUUAAUAUAAAUGAAAUUAUAUUAAGC